AUCGCGAUCGCGAGCGAGGUGCGCAGACCGCGUUGCGAGCUUUACCUUCCGACCUUUCCCCAUCUACUCGUACGAAAACAACGCUUUUAACAUCGCUCAAAUCGCUAUCUACCAGUACUGCGUAUCUGGAGAAUCGAGGAAUGAAUGGAAUACCUACGAGUUAUGAGGAUUUUCCUCCUGAUAUCGUUCCACCAGGUACAGAUUUCAGUGCACUUGACCUGACAGUCAUCGAAGCUCAGAUUGCCAAGCAUGAAGAUGCAAUCGGAGAGCUCGAACGUAUCAUCAUGUAUCAUCGUCAAGCGAUUGCCAGCUACAAGGGCCGACAGAACGUCAUCGUGCCAUGUAUCAAUGCCAUGCUGCCGCCAGAAGUCAUGGCGCACGUAUUUCUCCAGCGCGUUCUUUUAGGCUACGAGCCAUCAUUCUCUGGGGAAUUCUACUCGUGGCUUACGGUUGCUCAUGUAUGCAGACACUGGAGUAAUGUGGUAGCGUCAACGCCACAUCUCUUCUCAUACAUAGGUACCCCAAUAUCGAACCUAAACUUUCUUCAGCAAGUCAUGUUCUACUCCAAGCAAACACAGUUGGACAUGGUGAUCAAGGAGGAUGAGUAUUGUAUGGAAUUCGAUAUGUGGAAGCUCCUUGUAGCCCAGCUCCCCCGUACUCGGUCACUUGAGCUCUUCUGCUCCCCCUCCAUUACUACGUGGCCAAUAUGUCCCUUCCUGACAUCUUUGCAUUGGAAAGAAUCUCCUUCGUCGCCCGCAGUACUUGCGCUUGCUCGUGACCUCCACCGUCUCUUGCCUAAUUUGCGAGAAUUGGAAACGGACGCACAAACAUUCGGAGAUGAUUGGUACUUUCAUCCUGUUCCUUCGUCACUGAGGUCUUUGUCCAUCUCUCACGAUCGUCCAUUUCACUCGAUAAACGAUGUGGUUGCAAGGCUUCAGACACUGCCGUUAUUGGAGUCACUGAAGUUGAAGAACCUGAAAGACUCUUGUGGUGUCCCGUUGCAUGAUUCCACUCCUUUGCCUUCUUCCAUAUCACAUCUCAAGUCUGUGACUCUCAAUGCAGGGAUCACACUGUGUUCUGCCGUGCUGGAACAAAUUGUCUCUUUUGACAGUGUUAAUAUAGGUUUAUAUGCAGAAUUGCGGUCAAUGGAGAAUAUCCGGACAAUGCAGAGGAAUGCAACGGGGUUAUUUCGCUUGGCAACAUCCUGGCAUCAAAAUUGCGCGGUUUCCAUGGGCAAUCGUGUUUGCAGGUCAAUACUUUGUUGGUUGAGACACCCCCUCCAUAUUUUGAUUCCGGCGUGCAGAUCAAAGGAUGGGCCUCAGGAGAUUCUGAUACUCCCGCUUUUCAGUAUGCUCAGCCAGUUUUCAAUGUGCAACUUUUCUGCCGGACCUACAAUCGGUAUAUCAUUGCACAGUCGUUCUGCCAUGCUAUACUUCCAUUGCUGUCAACCGUCAAACACGCUAUGAUACCAUAUAGGUUCGUAGCUGAUGAGCCGCAGGAUGCACCGAGGAUCGCUUUUCAUCGCUACUUCCUCGCUUGUCUCCCCAGUGUCCAGUCCAUGCGAGUUACGUGCUGGGAAGGACCUUCGGGGAGGAAUACGACACAGCCAAUAUUUGAGCUCCCAAUGAUGCUUCAAUGCACAGAUAUAGAUUCGGACGAACUUCUGUUAAUUCCAGGGUUACGUCUUCUUUCUGUUGAUGUGUCUUUCAUGGAUCCUCUGUCAAGGCCUCAGUUUUUCUUACAGUUGCGGAAUGCACUGCAACUUCGGAAGGGCAGGGGGUUAGUCUUGGAAAUGCUAAUUAUUCAUGAUGGUGGGAUGGGAUAUUUGUAUGGCAUCAACGUCGCGGCUGAGGAAGCGCAUCUGACAGCAUUGGGGGAUGUUGUGCUAGCUUUGGAUGUUCGGCGGAGCACUGAAUAAUGUCCAUGGCACUACUUGUAGUAUGUACUUGACCAAUCUAUUGGUUUGAUUUAGCAGCAUGAAGAUCGGUCGAACUUAAUAUUGUGCUGGUCCUGGCUUUCAUGGCCACGUCUAAAACC